AUGGAAUUGAAAUGUGUGGAUACUCAUACAAGGCCAGUUCUUAAAGGACAAAAGCCAGACAUUACAUUCUAUAUACAAAAUCAAGUUCUUACUGAUAUUAAUAUAAUCUCCAUUUUGGAGAUCAAAGUCACAGAAAAAGAGGAUGACUGGGUGCAAAAUCCAUCUAUUGCACAACUCUGCCAAUUUCUGGAGACACUUUUGCAGUUUAAUCUUGAUCAAAAGGAG